AUGGCAAGACGCAACGACAGCGUGACUGUACAUCCCGACGAGCAUCUCUCCGGUCAGAAGAGCUGUAGAGGGCUACCGUCAGACUUGACAACCUACAGGAACCACGAGAAGCGGCCUCUUGCCAGACGCUAUACUACUGAGAGCAUCAAGCCUGUUCAAAUCGCCAGGCUUUCACAGCAGGAUAGCAGCUUUUGGCUAGAGUGCAGCAUUCAAGAAACUCUUCCGACCCGCAGUGUGAAGACUUCUUUUACCUGCAAGAUGAUGCCUAGAUUUGGCCAAAUCUCGGAUCCGUUUACGUUGUCUGAGAUCGAAAAAUGCUGCCGGCGUAUUGUUGAAGACUUUAAGUCUCAUCGCAACGAAUCCGACCGCCAUAUCUGUCGAUGCAACUUCGAAUUCAUCCGAACCUCCGCGCAAGGAAAACCGGGUAUCUGCGACAAUGGCAGUAAACACUUUUCGAAAUUGCUCUGGAGAGGUAUGCAGAGGCACGACCAGUUGUGUCAGUGCGGCUGCUUUGACUUCGCACCUUCGGGAGAGCCGACAUGUGUACCAGCUUGGACAUAUCACUCAGGUUCUGGAUGUACAUCGUAUUGGAGUCGCCGUAUCGAACAUCCUCAAGGAACUUUCUGGCUGCAAUACGGCGUCAGUAGCGGCCCUCAAAGUGAUGGUCCGGACUGCGCGUUCACUUGUAAGGUGAUUCCCAAGGCCGAAGAGACACCUGCUACUAGCUUGAUCAAAAUACAAAGAUGUUGCGAACAGAUAGCCAUAGAGCUUAAAGCACAUCGGGCCGACGAGUGUUACAGUGGCAGGUGGGAACCUUGUCCGGCAUGCUCUUGCGACCUCGAAACCAUCAGACAAGGUCCACAGGGUCAAGUCGGAAUAUGCUGUGACAACUGGAGCAAAAGGACAAGCGCCGAGACCCUGCGGUGUGCAAUGAAUCGGCACGAUCGACUCUGUUCGUGUGGCUGCUUCAACUUUGCCGAUAAUCGAUUAUCUCUGCUUGACACAACGCGGUACACAGACUGGAAGCGCCAUCGGAAGUCAAAGCCAUAUUGGAGUCGAGAGGUCACCUUGACGGAUGGACAAACAUGGCUUCAAUACGGCGUCAACAGCAAUUCGAAUCCGGUCGGCGAGCCUGGUUGUAUGAUCACAUGCAAAAGGGCAUUUAUCUCUGCAAGUGGUCAGAGAAAUGCUAGGAAGAGCUGCAAGAAAGCUGCUGCUAUCUUGGCAUCUCAUCUGAAGUCGACGAAGUCUUGUGCAUGCGAUUUUGAGUCGCUGCUUGUGGUCGUUCGGAUGAAGAGAGGCCUGUCAGAAGUCCGCCAGCACCUACCCAGUCAAGCCGACCGAAGCCAGACACUCAAAAGGGUCGAGAUCAUCACCGCUGAGGCCGAAGCCAAAGCACUUGGUAUCACUCUAAGGCACCGGGGAUGUAGCUCAUCCGCCAGGUUGGAGUUCUGUGGCUCUUUUGAAGAGUUCAGAUAA